AUGUUUGUUGUUAAACGUGUAUAUCAAACAUGUGACUGUCAUCCAGCCAAUGCAAUUAAAGUGCCGUUCAUAGAACGACUUAUUCGUGACUUUUUUGAAAAGGUUCAUAUAACAAUGGAAACAUUACAAUUAUCACGUGCUGCUUUAAAUCCUGAUUUACGUAGAAAAUUUUUUUUAGAACUCGUAUCUGAUAAAAAUAAACGAACACAAUAUGAAGAAAUGUUACUUCCAACAAAUGACGAGAAUUUAGUCAACGAAUUACUUGAUUAUGAAAUUCUUGAGGGUAGUGAAAAAGUUACAAAAAAAUUUCUAUUACUUAAAAUACCUCGUGUGCAAUCUUCUGAUACAAAAAUACAUUAUAGUCUUGAUAUAAAACAAUUACCAAUACUUAAUUAUGGUUAUCUUGUUCAAUUUUGUAAAUAUUUUGAGUAUCGUAUGCGAAAUUUAAAUUCUUUAUGUGUUAUGUGUGGAAAACGUACAUUUGAUCCAACUGAUAAAAAAGUUUCGAAGCCAACAAUUUGUAAUGACUAUGAAUGUUUUAGUAAUGCAAUGGAUUCAAAAUUUCGUAAUGAUCCACUUCCACCAUCAAUAUUUUCAAUCGAAAUUGCAGAUUUUCUUCUUUUACUUGUUUAUGCAGCAAUUCAUUCUUCUCGACAUGCAUUAAUUCUUGAUCCUUAUCCAAAAUUAAUAAAUCCAUAUAAUACAUCAACAAGAUUACUUGAUCAAAAUGGAGAUAAAGAACAAAAUAUUGAAGUUUUAAAACAAAUAAUAAAUGAUAUAAUGACAAUGGGAUCAAUAACGCAAUAUGAAGCUGCUAGAAUAUCAUUAAGAAGUAUGAUUGAAUUAAAACAUCCAUGGGGUUUUUCAUUUUUUCAUUGGUUAAUGCGAACCAAUCGUUAUCAUUUUUCAUUAAUUCCAGAGAAUUUUCGAGUUAAAAGUGUUGAUACACCAUAUCAAUAUUUUAUAAAACAUGAAGAUAUUGUUAAACAUGUUAAUUUUAAAAAUUUACGAGCUCAAAAAGGAAGUAUAUUUGCUUUUCAUGGUUCACCACAAGAAAAUUGGCAUUCAAUUCUUCGUUCAGGUUUACAAAUUGGAAAAGGAGGAUAUUUAAUAAAUGGUGCAGCAUAUGGUGCUGGUAUUUAUGUUUCACCUAGUUUUGAGUUUUCAUCAUCUUAUGCACAACGUCACGGUUGGCGUAGUUCCAGUGGUUCAUCGUACAAUAGUAAUGAUUUUACUACAGAUAAAUCUCCACUUGAAAAACGAAAUUGGUCUUGUAUUGCUUUAUGUGAAAUUAUUAAUUCACCAGAUGUUUAUAAAAAACAUUCCCAUGAUAUUUGGACAAUUCAAGAUCCAAAUUUAAUUUGUACAAGAUUUAUAUUUUUUUUUUCAUCAGGAACAAUUCAUUCUCAACUUCGUGUUGAUUCCGAACCAGAAGCAUCAAAAAUAAGAGAACUUAUUCUUACGUUAAAUAAUAUUGCUUGUUAA